AUGUCAUCUGGAGAAUGGGAUUUGUGUGCGCUGAAGGCGCUCGAGGAGGAGGAGCAGAAGGAGUUUCUGGCGCUCAGCCAAAAGAAUCUCUUCGAGGCGCCCCUUCCAACAGGUGGGGCUGAAAAUGGAAGUGUCAGCGGUGUCAGCGGUGCCAGCGGUGCCAAGCCAGCUUUGACCUAUGCGCAACUGCAUCCACAUCUGCUCAAGUUGCCCACCAUCGAUGAGUGCCAGCUUAUAGCUACCAAGCGGCAAUCGCCUGGCAGCGUCGCCAGCAGCACUCGCUUAAAGUUUUCCCGCGCGCUUUCUCUAUCUGCACAUUCUUUAUCACCACGAGCUGCAGGUGGAGGUGGAGGCAGUAUGGGCUUUGGCAAGAAACUCAAGGCACGCCUUGUGGGCGCCAAAUCAAGCGGAUCCUUGUCGCCGUCCCGCCACUCUUACAGCUAUAGUGUCUCGCCCGUAUAUACGCCGCCGCCUAUGCGCCGCUGUGCCACGCUUCAUCACACGCAACCGGUACGCAAAACCUUCAAGACACUGCAACAGUUGGAGCGUCAGAAGCGGCAGAACCAGGCAGCACAAGCGAAGCAGAUGCCGCCGCAGUUGCAGCGCAUUGUGGGUACCAACAAAACCUAUUGGAAAUACGGCGCCAACUCAACGGCUGCAUCGAUCAUUGGCCAACGCGCUCGACUGCAUCAACAGCAACAGCUGAGCGAACUGGAGUCCAACACGUCGGACGAACCGAAUCCGGAAACAGCUGAGUCUGAAGCACCUGACAGCGUCACAGAAACAGGCUCGUGUAGUGUCCCAUUGCCACCAGCGGACUCCAACGAGCUGCUGCGGCUCAGCCUAAUGCUAACCGCAGCCAGCACGGCGGUGACAGUGACUGCCUCGGCGGCGGCAGCAGCAGCAACUGGUGGGCAGGCAAGCAGGCGCUAUCAGCCCCACGGCAUCGACGAGGACGUUGUCAAUGGCGAAACUGUUGCUUACGAAGCUUUUCACAGGCAAAGCAAAAGCUUUGAGCGCGCGCUCUUAUGCGGCGGAAGCUUAACAUUAACAGCGCAAGAGAGCCACAGUCCUGGCCCGAGUCCCAAUCGUAAUCGGGCAAUGCAAUCCACAGGCGGUAAGCGUAUGUUAAAGUCCACAUCCCUUGAGGGUGAGAGUGCGAGCGCUCUUGAUUACCAACAACAACAACAACAGCAGCAACAGCAACAGAUUAUUGGUCAGCCUCUGGCUAUGAUGGGCCUGACACAGGCCACAAAUCAGCCAGAGGAGCUUCAAGGAAGCGAAGUUCGUUAUCUGAAGCGGGAUGCUGACUGGGAGCCAGGCAUGGGGCGUAAGCAAGUUAAAUAUAAUCAGGAUUUGAGUGCUGCUUGUUAUGGACAUAAUGCUACGCUAGGUGGCGCCACAAUCGAAGAUGAACUGGAGCAUCAUAUCAAGCAUUGCUCGUGCUCCUGCAAUCACAUGGGUUACGGCAAUUCAAUGGACUAUCAGGUAAGUGUUAACAGCAGCUCCUUAUGA